GCCUGGGAAGGGACGAAGAAGGAACCUGAGCAGGAAGAGCGGCUGCGAGGCGGCGGCGCAGAGGCAGCGGCUGAGUCGGUCGCGGCGACGGCGAAGGCGAGGGCUCUCGACCUUCGAGAGCAGGAUGCAGGUCCGCGUCGGGCUGUCGUUGCUGCUCUGCGCGGUGCUCCUGGGCUCGGCAGCCGCGACCUCGGAUGACAAAGCUAACCAGGAUGAAUCCUUAGAUUCCAAGAGUUCUUUGCCCACAGAUGAGUCAGUGAAGGACCACACCACCACAGGCAGAGUAGUUGCUGGCCAGAUAUUUGUUGAUUCUGAGGAGUCAGAAGUGGAAUCCCUUCUUCAGGACGAGGAAGAUAGCUCCAAGACCCAGGAGGAAGUCAGCGUCACAGAAGAGAUCAGCUUUUUAGACUCUCCGAAUCCAAGCAGCAAAACCUACGAAGAACUAAAGAGAGUGCGGAAGCCAGUUUUGACUGCCAUUGAAGGUACGGCGCACGGGGAGCCCUGCCACUUCCCUUUCCUUUUCCUGGAUAAGGAAUAUGAUGAGUGCACCUCAGACGGGAGGGAAGAUGGCAGACUGUGGUGUGCCACAACCUAUGACUACAAGACAGAUGAGAAGUGGGGCUUCUGCGAAACUGAAGAAGAUGCUGCCAAAAGACGACAGAUGCAGGAAGCCGACAUGAUCUAUCAGACCGGGAUGAAGAUACUGAAUGGAAGCAAUAGGAAGAGCCAAAAGAGAGAAGCAUAUCGGUACCUUCAAAAGGCAGCAGGCAUGAAUCACACCAAAGCCCUGGAGAGAGUGUCCUAUGCUCUCUUGUUUGGUGAUUAUCUCACACAGAAUAUCCAAGCAGCAAAAGAGAUGUUUGAGAAACUGACUGAGGAAGGUUCUCCCAAAGGACAAACUGGUCUUGGCUUUCUCUAUGCUUCUGGACUUGGUGUUAAUUCAAGUCAGGCAAAGGCUCUUGUAUAUUAUACUUUUGGAGCUCUUGGAGGCAACCUGAUAGCCCAUAUGAUUUUGGGUUACCGAUACUGGGCUGGUAUUGGAGUGCUCCAGAGUUGUGAGUCGGCACUGACCCAUUAUCGUCUUGUUGCCAAUCAUGUUGCUAGUGAUAUCUCCCUAACUGGAGGCUCUGUAGUCCAGAGAAUACGGCUGCCUGAUGAAGUGGAAAACCCAGGAAUGAACAGUGGGAUGCUGGAAGAAGAUUUGAUUCAGUAUUACCAGUUCCUAGCUGAGAAGGGUGACGUCCAAGCACAGGUUGGUCUGGGACAGCUGCAUCUGCAUGGAGGGCGUGGAGUAGAACAGAAUCACCAGAGAGCGUUUGACUACUUCAACUUAGCAGCAAAUGCUGGCAAUUCACAUGCUAUGGCCUUCCUGGGAAAGAUGUAUUCUGAAGGAAGUGACAUCGUACCUCAGAGUAACGAGACGGCACUUCACUACUUUAAGAAAGCCGCUGACAUGGGCAACCCAGUGGGACAGAGCGGGCUUGGAAUGGCCUAUCUCUACGGAAGAGGUGUUCAAGUUAAUUAUGACCUGGCACUCAAGUAUUUCCAGAAAGCUGCUGAUCAAGGCUGGGUGGACGGGCAGCUGCAGCUUGGCUCUAUGUACUACAAUGGCAUUGGAGUCAAGAGAGAUUAUAAGCAAGCCUUGAAGUAUUUUAAUUUAGCUUCUCAAGGAGGCCAUAUCUUGGCUUUCUAUAACCUAGCACAGAUGCACGCCAGCGGCACAGGGGUGAUGCGAUCCUGUCACACUGCGGUGGAGUUGUUUAAGAACGUGUGUGAGCGAGGUCGCUGGUCAGAGAGACUGAUGACUGCCUACAACAGCUAUAAGGACGAGGACUACAAUGCUGCAGUGGUCCAGUACCUCCUGCUGGCUGAGCAGGGCUACGAGGUGGCACAGAGCAACGCAGCCUUCAUCCUCGACCAGAGAGAAGCAACCAUUGUAGGUGAAAAUGAAACUUACCCCAGAGCUUUGCUGCAUUGGAAUAGGGCCGCCUCCCAAGGUUAUACUGUGGCUAGAAUUAAACUUGGAGACUAUCAUUUCUAUGGAUUUGGCACUGAUGUGGAUUACGAGACUGCAUUUAUUCAUUACCGCCUGGCUUCUGAGCAGCAGCACAGUGCCCAAGCCAUGUUUAACCUGGGCUACAUGCAUGAGAAGGGCCUGGGCAUCAAACAGGAUAUUCACCUUGCAAAACGCUUUUAUGACAUGGCAGCUGAAGCUAGCCCCGAUGCACAAGUACCUGUGUUUCUCGCACUCUGCAAAUUAGGUGUUGUCUAUUUCUUACAGUACAUACGAGAAGCAAACAUUCGAGAUCUCUUCACACAAUUAGAUAUGGACCAGCUUUUGGGACCCGAGUGGGACCUUUACCUCAUGACCAUCAUUGCACUGCUGUUGGGUACAGUCAUAGCUUACAGGCAGCGACAGCACCAGGACAUCCCAGUUCCCAGGCCCCCAGGGCCACGGCCGGCUCCCCCCCAGCAUGAAGGACCAGCAGAGCAGCAGCCACCGCAGUAGCAGCCACACACUCACCUGGGUCGGGAACGGCUAAGGAGCUGCUUGCUAACAACACUUGCAUUUGUCCUUGGGCUCUGGACGGUAGCCGCUGCCUGGAAGAGGCGUGAGGAGGGGUGGAUCCUAGAAGCUGCUGAGAACCUGCUGCCUUCCUCUUCAGGGAUGAGUAGCUCUCCCAGAGCUACAACAGUGAAUGUUUGUUUCAGUGCCAUACGGAAUGACAACUCUCAGUGGCUUCCCUCUUUCUUUCUUUUUCUUUCUUCGUUCUGCAAACAUGCACAAGACACUCGAGUCAUGUCUACUGUACCCUGUCUUUCCUGAGAGACCUUUUAUCGUCCUGUUGAUGUGCAUAACUUCUUACAUGUCUUCUAAGGUCCUGAGCAUUGACAACCUGGGGAAACCCAGUACAUUGCAAGUUUAACCCUAAAACCAUGCUUAAGUCUGAGAAUAAAACUUGCCUUUAAGUCAAAAGCAAAACAAGUGAAGCAGGACGUCUUCAGGGUGUUUGGGAAAUGCAGUAAGUGGGAAAUUUAACCAGUCUACAUGCAAGUUCAUAUGUUUGGCACUCUCAUUUUAAAAGGGAUUAUCGAGCGGACUCCUGUACUGUGACUGCGACACUUCCUAGCAGACUUCUCUUCCUCAGAGAUUGAAGGGCUUUGCUAAAGAAUUCUUUGUGACCGUCACUUUCUUGCAGUGGAGUAGAAGUAAAACUCAAUGAACGGACUCCUUGCUCUCGCUUAAGACUUUGCCCCAACUACUCGUGUGAUUGCUUCUUGGUUUGAGUAUACAGAGCCCUAGUCCAUACACCAGAGGAUGAACUUAAACUAAAUGGAGAAAUCAGAAAACAGCCUUAACCAACUUGAGGUGGGAUCUGAGACACACCCUCCCUCCAGUUGAUGCAUUGCUUCCCGGGUUUCUUUAUUUCUUAUGACACAGAGAACAGACAGCCCUCCAAAAGUCUUCAAAUAUGAAAUACUGUUGUCAAGUAUGGCUGGUAGUGACUUCCUUUGUAAUACUAAAACUCAGAUAAUGGAGGAGAGGUUAGACCCAGUGCAUGGCAAAAACAAAGGCCUGGGUAUACCGUUGUGUAUGCGGUGGUGGCUUUUUAUUUCUGACGGUUUCAUAUAGCUCUAGAACGUCAGUCACUGCGUAGCUGUCAUGUUAUCACCCUUCUGUUGUAAACAUUAGGAAAUUAAAGCUGUUACCCUCAGCAUUGCCUGCUUAAGUAAGAUGCAAAAACAGCAAAAAUUGAGAACUUCACAUAAUCACCCUAUGAAAGAACUAAAGCCCAAGGUGAAUUUGUGGUUUGUGUAAUCAUCAAAUGGUAGCAUUCAGCAGCCAGCACCCACAGGAGCUCACGCCCCCUGUUCAUUAUCACCUUUACCUUGUUUUCUGUAAUCCCUGUCUUCAAUGAAACUUGACUUUAUCACUUGUGGGUGGAAUUUGAAUGUUGGGAUUGUAAUCAGAAAUCAAUUUAGUUCAUCUAUACUGAACAUGAAGGCUUUAAAUGUGAAGUUAUAUAUGUUUGUGUGUGCUUACAGUAUUAUGAGAAACCCAGGAAGCAUAUUUUCCUCGAAGAUAUUUGCCUCCAACUUUGAAGGUGUGGCCACAGAGAGGCAGAUCUUUGAGAGGCAGCCAGCGUUCCUCUCAAAAAUAUAAUGUUGCUUUGGGCAGCACUUGUACAUAGUAAGGCUUAUUUGGUGUCCUGUGCUUAAAGAUUAGAUUAUGAGUGGUGCAGUAAGCAGGGUCCUCUCCCAGCCCCACCACCCUCGGCCCAGUAAGUGAAAUCCAUGGGCCCUUCCUUCAGAAGGCAGAUUUUACAUUCUUUGCAGGAACUGGGCACAGUGGUGUGUACCUGUAGUCCCCUGUCCCUGGGGGACUGAGUGAGGAAGAUCACAUUAGGCCAGGGGCUAAAGACCAGCUUAGGCAAUACAACAAGAUCCAGUCUCUAAAAAUAAAUAAAUAAAAAGAUGGGAAACUCUAAAAUGCCAGUGGCCUCUAUGGUUUUCCGGUGCCAUCCACCUCAAGCCUCCUGAACAGCAACAUUUUUGCAUCCAUCCUUAUUUCCCACAGAGAGUACUUGAAGAAAAUAUUUCUUAAAAUAGCAUACACUACCUAAGGCUGGAUGGGGACAGUCUAGGUUUGUUCUUCAUGUAGCAGACUUGCCCCCUGCUGUCCUUUUUACAGUCACUGCUGCAGAUGCCCUUCCCUCAACUUUUACCUUCUGUUUCCAGCCUGGGGCAUUUGCUUCCAGAAAUCUGGAGAGCAUGUUUCAAAUAAUUCAGUUCUUACCGCUUCUUUCAUAAAUGGUCUCAAAACGCUUUGCUCCUGUUCUCUUACUGUUCAUGGGAUGUGGUAUCUAAGCAAAUAGAAAUUGGGUUUGGUGUUUCUCUUAAAAAUAAUGCACAGUACUUACUAAUGGCAUCCAUUUGAAUAAAGUGGCAAUAAAGCUAGUUAAUGUCAGUGACAUUAAGCCAACUCCAGGAUUCAGGAGUUCUAGCAUUAGGAUUUAGAUUUACCAGAUAGAGCGUGGCUUCCUUCCUCCUUGUAGCCCAUCCCUGCUGCUGUCUUUUGUGGUCUGUGUUCAGCCUACAAAGGCUCUCUGUUCAGCCUCUGUUCUCCUGUGCACCUGCCCAGUUGGGAAGCCAGCUAUUUCAGAGUCUAGAGACCACAAGUUUUACUUCUGUGGGGUUGUACAAAGGUGGAAUUUUCGUUUUUGAAGUUUUUGUUUCUGAUUUCUGGGUUUUCUUAGUUACUAGCUGAUAAUACAGAAAAAGGUUGGACAAGGGCUAUUUUCCCCCAAAUUUAUUAAUAUCUAAACUAGAUUAAUGUAAAAGUAUAAGUCCUAAAUCUUGAUAUUCCUGAAGGUUUGUAAUUCUUCUGAAAAAAAAAUAGAGAGAUAGAUUAAUUUCUGAACAUUUUAUCACUCACCGUCUCUACCAUGGAGAAGCAUUAGAAACCUCCUCCAGGGAUCUGGUGAGGAGCCGGUGGCGGGUCUUCUCUACAGAGAAGUUGCUUUUGUUUGGCUGCAUGGUUGGCUUUGCUCUCUCUCCUCUGCUCCUCAGGUUUGCUCUCUAGUGCUUGGGAGCAGGCGUGUCGGCCCCCAAGUGCAGCCCUCAACUCCUCGUGUGUGUGCUGUGCGUGUGCAUGUGUGUGCGUGUGUGUGUGUGGCAUUUGCACCAGGGACUGAUCACAUCUGCGGAACUUUCCUUUGCGGGGGUUUGGGCUAACACCUCAUAUGUCUAUUUCAAAACAAGAUGCCUCUAGUGAUCCCCUCCCUGCCAAGAAGAGGAUGCUUGCAUUCACCGGUACUUAAAAGUGAUUCUAAAGUAUAUUAUACAAUAUUAUGGCCCUGAGAUAUGCAAGAAAUAACCAGAGCAAAAGAAAACUAUUUUAUGCAACAAAAAAAAAAAAUAUUUUCAUCAGUUACUGCUCAAAUACGAGAGAAAUGGUGGAUGCUGUAUUGUCGGGUUUUUAAAUGGGUAGUGUUCUUUGAAAAAGAAGCUAAGUGUCUUCACCCACUAGGAACUUCAAGAAAAUUUGAAAUAACUCCAUAUACCAAUGAUUUAUAUCUUAAAGAGACUGUUUACACAUUAAAAAGCCGAUUUUGUAUGCGUAUGAAGGGUCCUUUGGUUAUGAGCAGGGAGCCAUUCAAAUGUUCUUUCUUUACUAUUUAUUGGUGAACAAUCUGACACUAUUUCUCUUUUAUUUAAAAACAAUGUUGAUAUGAUCAAAGUAUAACCACUAGCAAUGUUGAGGGACGUGUUUAAAGAGCAUAAGCUGACGUCAUGAAGGAACAUCAUACUAGACUUUUUGUAAAUUUAUUUUAUACUUAAUGGAAUGCAGUGUAACGGCUGGUGAAGUGUAUUAUAAUUGUGUAAACAAAUCCUGUUAAUAGAGAGAUGUACAGAUUCAUUUUGUACUGUAUCUUGAAACUUGUGAAAUAAAGAUCUCAUCUCUGGUUAUC